CACCAGAAGAAGAAGUAAACACCGUCGGUUCAGAACGACGUCAUCAGCAAGCGACCAAACUGGCCGAGAACAGAAGAGGAUUUGAAGCGGAUUUGUUGGAUUAGCAGUUCAUUUAGCUGCUACUUUAGUAAUUUAUCAUAUCGAAGACACGUCCCACGGCUCUAAAUUGAACUAACAAUAAAACCAACGAAGAAGAGGUCAGGAUUAACCGUGAGGAGACGCAGCAUACUGGUUUCCUUGACAACGCUGCCCUCCAUCCAGCUGCUGCCGUCAUGACGCCGGUGGAGCCGCACGCCGACGGGGGGGGCAAGUGGCUGGACGCUCACUACGACCCGGUGGCCGGCCUCCACACCUUCUCGUCCUGCGUGGACCUGGCAGACCUCAGCGGUGACGGCGAGAGCCGCCUGGUGGUGGGCGACCUGGGCUCCGGCUCGUCGGGCAUGAAGCUAAAGGUCUACAGGGGCACGGCGCUGACCAGCGAGAGCACCCUGCUGGACCUGCCCGCCGGUCUGGUGGCCUUCUUCAUGGACCUGCACGAGCCCCGCAUCCCCGCCGUGGCCGUGGCGUCCGGCCCCUGCGUUUACGUCUACAAAAACCUGCGUCCCUACUUCAAGUUCACGCUGCCGGGCCUAGAGGUCAACUCCCUGGAGCAGGAUGUGUGGCAGCAGGCGAGGGAGGGUCAGAUUGACCCCCUGACCCUGAGGGAGAUGUUGGAGAGCAUCAGGAAGACGGCCGAAGUGCCGCUGUCCGUCCGCUCACUCAGGUUCCUCUCGCUGGAGGCUGGCGACAUGGACGAGUUCGUCCAGCUGCACAAGCAGCAGCCAAUCAGACGGCAGACUGUCAUCACCUGCAUCGGGACACUGAAGAAGAGCACGGCGGAUGAGGAUGGCGUCAGCUGCCUGGUGAUCGGGACGGAGAGCAGCGAGGUCUUCGUCCUCGACCCCGAGGCCUUCAUCAUCCUCUCCAAAAUGUCGCUGCCGGCCGCUCCCACCAUGAUGGACGUCACUGGGCAGUUCGAUGUGGAGUUUCGCAUCACGGCAGCAUGUCGCAACGGCAACAUUUACAUCUUGCGCAGGGACUUUGACAAACCGAAGUACAGCAUCGAGUUGUCGUCUCACCCGGUGGGUCUGGUGAGGAUCGGGAAGAACGUGGUGGUGGGCUGCACUGACGAGAGCCUGCAGGGCUUCACCCAGAAGGGGAAGAAGCUGUGGAAGGCCGUCCUCACGGCUCCCAUCACCACCUUGGCCUCCAUGGACCUCCCCACCAGGGGCUUCCAGGCGGUUCUGGUGGGCCUGGCCAACUGUGAGGUCCACCUGUACCAGGAUAAGAACCUGCUGAGCAUCAUCAAGACGCCCGACGUGGUCACCAGCAUCUGCUUUGGCCGGUACGGACGCGAGGACGGGACUCUGGUCUUGACCACCAAGGGAGGGGGUUUGAUGGUGAAGAUCCUGAAGAGGACCGCAGCCCUGGACCAACGGGAGGGCGCUCCGGGGCCGCCCGCGUCCCAGAGCGUCCGCCUCAACGUGCCCAAGAAGACCAAACUGUACGUGGACCAGACGCUGAGGGAGCGCGAGAGCGGCGUGGCGAUGCACCGCGCCUUCCAGAUGGACCUGAGCCGCCUGCGCCUCUCCGCCGCCAAGUCCUACGUGGAGGCCCUGGAGUGCAGCCUGACGCCGAUGUCCUCCAGCGAGCCGCUGAAGAUGAACGCCGUGGUGCAGGGGCUGGGCCCGGCCUUCAAGCUCACCCUCAACAUACAGAACACGGCGGCGCGGCGCCCCGCGGUCAACCUGGGCGUCAGCUUCCUGUACGAUGAGGGCCUGUACCGCAUGAGGAACCCAUACAUGAGGAUCCCCCUGCUGGUCCCCGGGCUCGUCUACCCCGUGGAGACCUUUGUGGAGUGCACCAGCGACAAGGGCAUCUCUGACAUCAUCAAGGUGUUCGUCCUGCACGAGGGGCGGAGCUCCCCGCUGCUGACAGCACACAUCAACAUGCCCAUCAGCGAGGGGCUGACCCUCUGAUGACAUCACACCACCGGCCGCUGGACUCAGUUAUGACUCCGUAGUCUCUGAAGUCGUCUGUAAGGAAGGAAGCUGAAGCGUCAUUUGAUGUCAGCUGAUCACUAAAAAACAGUUUAUUUAAGAAUAAUUCACGUAAAAUGUUCUGUUGUUGGAGAUUCGUUCAGAAGCCGCAGACAAACUUCUUAACUGUAUUUCGUGUCGAUUUCUCCACGUUUGUGUAUUCAAAACAUUCGUAAUGGACACAUUUUAUCUCUCAGGGAUUCAAAUCAUUUACUUUGAAUUGUUUAUAAAAUAGUUGCAGCGAUAUUUGCUGUCAGUCGGAUUGAUGAGUUUAUAUCUAUUUAUUUCUUACAGAUUGUUAGUAAAGCAUUAAUAUUGAUUUACUCAUGCUGUGAGAAAAGAGCUUAUUGAUCAGACAUUGUUAUCUGAUCGGUACUCAGAUCUCUGAAUGAUGACCUCAUAGAAGCUUCCAUGGUCAUGGUGCAGAAUAAAAAGUGUCAGAUACGAACCAGCUCACUAAGAAAGAGUGUACACACAUCAAAUAGGAAUAAAACAAAAGAGAAAGAACACAGUUCUCAUUCUUUCUAACAUGUUUGUUCAUUUUUGAAUUAUUAAGGGAAAAGAAAAGCAUCAGAAACAAAUAGGAAAGGUAAAAUGAGAAAUGAAAUGAAUUCAAACAAAGUUGAAUAAAUAAGGCAAUUUUCUUUUACAAAUAGUUCUUUAUUAUUUAAAAGCAACAGACAUUUAACAUUAAAGUUUAAAG